UCGUCUCUGAUCAAGAUUUCAGCCUUCGGCAAACAUUCCACAUCAUCAACUCUCGACCGCCUCCCUCUGCUGAAGUCUCCUAAGCAAAAACGCGUGCCUCUCUUGUUCGAUUCGAUUCCGAACCAGGACCCCGUAUACUACCCCCACCACCAGCUGCCGCAUAGGACGAGUUCUGCGGUUCUUCCUCUGUUUGAGGGAGAGUCGAGGAGACCUCGCCAGAUCGCUACGGGAGCAGGAAGCUACCCUUUUCGACCCCCCUAA